AUGGACACGAUAAGAACUUAUCUGGAAAAAUGUAGGACCUAUUCAUUGCGAUAUCUUAGUAUAAUUCUAGGAGUAGCUAUUAAAAUGUUAAAAAAUUCCAACGAAGAUGCACGUUGUAUUCAUGAAAAUGGAAAAAAGGGUAAUUUAAUAAAUGAAGUCGAUGAAAUUGAUGAAGCUGAUGAAGUUGAUGAUAGUGAGGAUGAUGACGAUGAUGAUGAUGAAGAGGAUGAAGAAGAGGACGAUGACAACGAAGACGACGAUGAUGAAGAGGAAGAUGAUGAUAAAAGAGAAGCUGAUACUGCUGCAGCAGAGGUAGACCGUGGUUUAAUAGCAGAGGUCAAUAAUAAUAUUAAAGACAAAGAAUUAAAUAACAAUCUUCCUAAAGAAGUGGAGCAAAAUAUAAAUGAAAAUGAGUCAAAAGGUUGUGAUAUAAAAGAAAAUGCAAAUAGUAUGAUCAAAGAAGAAUGUAAUGAUAAACAUAUGAAUGGUACUAAAGGAGAUGUACCACUCCUAAUAAAUGAUAAUAGCAUAAGUGAAGAUAUAAAAGAGAAAAAAGAUCAAAAUAGUAAUGAUCUAAAUCAAGAAAGCAAACAUAGCACACAUAUGAAAGUCGAACAUGAUGCAAAAAUAUAUUCAAUGCCACAAGUUGAUGAUAAACUAAAACGUGAUACAGAUGCAGUAGUAGUAGAAAAGGUUGAAACAAGGAAAACAUCAAAACGUGUAACUGCCGGGGGUAAAAAAGGUACAACAGCCAAAGUCACAAAACGUCCAACAGCAAAAGUUGCAAAACGUGAAACAACCGGAACAGUAAAACAAGGGAUGUCUAUGGAACCAAAGAGAAAUCAAAAGGUGCUUCCAAAACAGGAAUCAACAAUACUGCCGAAACAGGAAUCAACAAUACUUCCGAAACAGGAAUCCAUCAUACUUCCGAAACUUGAAAAAACUGGACAAGAUUUUCUCGAAACAGUUGGACAAACGAUGGACAAAAUAAAUGAAAAAAUAAUGAGUAUUGUGAAAGAAUUGCAAGAAGAUAAAAAUCAAAACAAAAAGGAAAAGAUCGUCGAUUUUAAUAAAUUAAAAUCAGAAUAUAAAGAUAACGAGGACAAUGAAAAAGGUGUAAACAGUAAUGAAUCAAAAAAUGACGAAAUUACAGAAGAAUGGAAAGUUAAUGAAUGGAAUAAAUGGAUGCGACAGUUGGAAGAACAAUGGCAUUUUUUCAAUAUGUCCUUGGAUAAUAAAGCAAGUGAAUGGAUGAAACAAAAGGAUGGAGAAUUUGAAAAAUGGAUAACUGAUAUGCAAACUAAAUGGAUGAAUUACAACCAUAAUUUGGAUAUAGAAUAUAAUACUGACCUUUACAAAAAAUGUUACAUGUGGGAUGAAACUGACUGGAAAACGUGGAUAAGAACAAAUGGAAAAAAGCUAAUGGAAGAGGAUUGGGUAAAAUGGAUAAAUGAUAAUGAAUGCAAAUUAAAUGAAUGGCUUAACUAUGAUUGGACCCAAUGGAAAUCCUUAAAUAAUUUUAAUUGGGAAAUGAGUGAAUGGAAAAGUGAUGAAUACGAAAUGUGGGAAGAUUGGGAUAAUGUCAAUUUGACCAAAUGGUUAAAUACAAAAAAAAGAAAAAAAUAUUUAAUUUGGAAAACUAGGAUCGAAAAAGAAAGGGAACAAUGGGACAAUUGGGUAGCAUCAAAAAAUGAAUUAACUUUAAAAAAUAAACACAUUAAAUGGAAAGAAUGGAAAGAUGAAAAACGCUUGAUAUUUAACGAAUGGGUGGGAAAUUUUAUAAACACCUGGAUAAGCAAGAAACAGUGGAAUGCAUGGGUUUUAGAAAGACGAAAUGUACUUUUAUCAAAGAGGACCUAA